GGCUGCGGAGCGCUGCCGGCCCCUGCCGGCCCCCUCCCGGCCCCGCUGCCGGCGCUGCCCGGCCCUGCCCCUGCCCUGCCCUGCCCCUGCCCUGGUCCUGCCCGUCCCGUCCGUGCCCCGCCGGCCGGGCACGCCGCCGCCCCGCACCAUGCUGCCCCUCUCCAUCAAGGACGACGAGUACAAGCCGCCCCGGCUCAACCUGCUGCGGAAGGCGUCGGGCUGGUUCAGGUCCAUCCUGGCCGACAAGACCUCCCGCAACCUCUUUUUCUUCCUCUGCCUCAACCUCUCCUUCGCCUUCGUGGAGCUGCUCUACGGCAUCUGGAGCAACAGUUUAGGUUUAAUAUCAGAUUCUUUUCAUAUGUUUUUUGACUGCACUGCUCUAUUGGCUGGAUUAGCAGCUUCCGUUAUUUCAAAGUGGAGGUCAAAUGAUGCUUUCUCAUAUGGAUAUGUCCGAGCAGAAGUACUUGCUGGCUUUGUAAAUGGUUUAUUCCUCAUCUUUACAGCAUUCUUUAUAUUUUCUGAAGGCGUUGAGAGGGCACUGGAGCCUCCUGAUGUGCAUCAUGAGAGACUUCUUCCGGUUUCUAUACUGGGAUUCAUUGUAAACCUUAUAGGAAUAUUUGUUUUUCAACAUGGAGGUCAUGGGCAUUCACACGGUUCUGGGCAUGAACACAGCCAUUCUCUGUUUAAUGGUGGUCUCAGCCAUGGACACAGUCACAGAGGUCAUGGUCACAGCCAUGAACAUAAACAUGGACACACUCAUGACCACAGCCAUAGCCAUGGACACUCUCAUGGUCAGGAUUAUUGUCAUGAUGACCAUUCUCUUGAAGGGAUGACUGGUUCCAGCAAGCAGAUCUUACAAGGGGUAUUUCUACACAUUGUUGCAGACACUCUUGGGAGUAUUGGUGUAAUAAUAUCUGCUAUAUUGAUGCAAAACUAUGGUCUAAUGAUAGCAGAUCCUAUUUGUUCAAUGCUGAUAGCAUUACUUAUAGGCGUAAGUAUUGUUCCACUUUUAAAAGAAUCCAUUGGAAUUUUGAUGCAGCGAACUCCUCCUUCUCUGGAAAAUGCCCUGCCUCAGUGCUAUCAGAGGGUGCAGCAGUUGCAAGGAGUUUACAGUUUACAUGAUCCACACUUCUGGACCCUCUGUACUGAUGUUUACAUAGGGACUUUGAAAUUACUGGUAGCUCCUGAUGCUGAUGGAAGGUGGAUUCUAAGCCAGACUCACAAUAUUUUUACUCAGGCAGGAGUAAGACAGCUUUAUGUACAGAUUGAUGUUGCAGCCAUGUAGUGAGUUUCUGAAACUGCUGUUGGACCAAAGUUUUCUGUACUGUAAUGGUAUAAAACAACAUACUUAUCAAGACAGAGCCUGCCUCCACAACUGGUCUGGAAUUGACUGAAUAGAUUUCUGUCUUUGGGCUAUGGAUGGAGUUGAUUUCUAAGGAGUAAAUACUGAAUGAAUGUUAUGGACUUUGGGUCUUGUCUUUUUGUGGCCCCUAAACUUGUAAGUUUUUGAUGGUUUUUUACUUACUACAUUUGUUCCAAUAUGAAACUAAAAUGGUGGUACUGGAAACCCUGCAAUGUCUUCAGAAAAGCUGCUGAAACCACUGCUCAUUCCCAUAAAACCAGUGUUAUCAAAAAUUGGAAACUUGUUUUGUACGUAAUGUCACAAUGGCUGACAUGCUUCAAUAUAAUUGUAUGUUUGUACAAUUGUUUGUACUUUGCAAACUUAAUGAACCAAACCAUAUUGGGUUUUCAAAGUGCCUUUUAUAUCAGGAGAGGUAUUUGCCAGCAUAAACAUGAAGCAUCAAAGGGUUUUAUUACUUUUACAAAUAUAUCUUGUAUGCAGUCUGAUUAUUUACUAGUGAUGUGUGUGGCGCUUUAGUGUACUUACAUAACUGUACAUGUUAGAAUUCCCUUAUUCUUGCAUCUUAACAAACAGGAAAAAAUUCUAAAGGUAAAAGACAAAGCCCUUGUGAAGAGACUUUCUUACCAAACAAGCUGGAUAUUUUGUUGCACAUUUCUUGUGGAAAUUAUUUUAGUCAAGAUUUAGAUUAAAUUCCAAGUCUUAGUCUCUUCAUAUUGUUGAGAGUAAUGAGAUGUUACAUAAUGCUACGCAUGUUCAUAGUCACUAAAAGAACAGGCAGCUGAGGGAAGAUGAUGGUGAUGGAAGCCAUGCAGGAAGCUUUUUAUUUUCCAAAUUAUGGGGCAAAAAAAAUAAAUGCCUAAGUUUGUGAACGUCUAAAUUUACUUAAUUUUAAUAGCUUGUAGUAAUUUUUAUUAAAGUGAGUGGUGAGAUAACUUUUGCCUUUCCAAAUACUAAAAAUGUGUUACACCUGAACAACCUGGUUGUUACACCUGAAAUGGAAAUAAAGACCACUGUUCGUGCUAUUUAGGAUUAUGCUUUUCCAGAUUGACAAGUCAGAUGUUUUUAACUAUCUCACUGUAGCCUUGUAUGUUUUUCAUUUGGGAAAAAAAAAUUCUCAAUGCAGUAAACUGUCAUUUCCAGAAAUGUUAGUGGUCACAUUUUGUAGCAUUUAUAAUCAUUUUACGCUCUCAGAUCUGAAUGUUUUUUUCAAUGACAAUCUGCUAUUCUUGGUAUUACAGAUGGUAAUUCCACUACACUGUAGUAGUUAACUUAGUAAUGGAAGAUUUUAUAAGAGGACAUUUUACAAACAGAACGUUGUGGAGUAAGAAGACAGAUAUUUGUCUGAUAAAUCAUAGCCACUACUGACUGGUAUGGAUUUUACGUAUUUUUUCUGGCACCUGAUACGGAGUAAUACUGAAAUCAGGGCCCUCUGAAGCCGAUAGCACUGGCUUUGUAGCAUGUGCUAGGCACUGGGGAAAGUAAUGAAGGUUCAUUUGUGUAAAUGGUUUGCUUGCCACUGUUUCUGAAUUCACAAUAGAGAUGAAGUUUCUUGCACUCAUUCUGUUGCUCUUAAAGAGAUCAAAAUUCAGGUACUAUUUACGUGAUAACAGUGUUACUUGCCAAAUUGAUGGUUGGUACCUGAAUUCUGCUGAAAUACAGAAACAUUAACAUUGAUUUUGUAGAAAGCUUGGGGUUGUACUUCUGUACUUGCAACUCAAUGUUGAGUGUAAAGAAAAAGAGCAGUAAAAGCCAUAUACUAUUUCUUAGUCCCUCCCAGUCUCCAGAUCCUUCUUUAUCCAUAUUGCUAGUUUCCAAUCGUAUUCAGUUCUGGGGAUGCAGGUGCAGUUGCCCAUUCAGCCAGCAGCACCGUUCCACAUCCAUCUCCUCUGGCCUCCUGCCUGGCACCUCAGUCAGGCUUGUUCCCCAUUCACCUUGGAGAUGCUCUGCCAAGCAUGGAGGUCCUGGUGGAAGAUGGCAGCUGAAAGUUAUACGUGGCAGGGUAGUGUGCAAUAAUCUGUUGAGCAAAUUUGAGUAUUUUGGUUUAAUAUAUCACUUGCCUAUACGGCCACAAAACAGGUAACUAAAAGACGGUUGUGAUCAUAGGUCUGAGAGACCUCAUUUUUUGUGGUGUUGCCUAUAGACUGCUGCUGUUUGGUUGAUGGCAUAAUUUCUUGAUGUUGUAGUUAGUUACUAUCUGAGGCUAGAGGGUAUCAACUAAAAUCAUUUUAAAGGCAAGCACCAUCCAAAUUCAUUAUAAUUGCCAUGAUCCAAGAGCAGAAUUUUGUUUAAAACAUUUUUAUAGAGCAUAUUUUUGGGACUGAGUAUUUCCGAAAUACUGUAUCGCUGCCCAAGUUGUUGGGUUUGGCCACUAUUUUAGUUGUCUUAAUGAAAAGACAACAGCUACAACUCGUUUCCAACUGAGAAUCUGCCCAAAUGGCAGUUGGGUGGGUUUUUCUAAGACAUAUGGCUACAAAAUUUUUCAAUAUAGGAAAUUGAGUGCAAAAGCCUAUAAGCUGGUUAAAAAUUACACAAUAUUGAUUUUAGUCAUUUUUGACGUUUUUUUUGCUUACGAGGACUUACCGUUGGAAGCAUAUGUACAAGUCUGAGACUUCUAAUCAAAAUAGCACCUUCUUCAUUAUUAAGGAUGACUUGAUGUUUCUGUAGUUUCUCAUCAUUAGUAGGAGUUGGUGACGCUAUUUUUACAUAGAAAUUGAAACUGCUGCUACUAAUAGAAUAGACCUUUGUCAUUAAACAUUCUUUUUCUUUUUUUUAAAUGUAGUGAAACUUGGUUUAAAGGUAGAGGAAGGAAAGGUUAUUUCUAAAUGUUGGUCAGUGAACCUAUUUUGGGAAUAUAAACAAGAUAGAAGGUGAGAGAAGCUGCUCCUGAACUGCAAUUUUCCAUCCUUUAAAUACUUAACGGCAAUGAAAUUGUGGAGUUCAUGGUUUUUGUCCCAUUCCAAGUCCAAACUUCAGUUGCUAAAACCUUGAUGCUUCUAUAAGAUUCAAACCUUAAUCAAUACUCAUGUAACAGAUCUUAACAAUCAUUUAAAUGUCAGAUCAGAACAGCUUUAGUUACUAGUUAGCCCUGUCCUGCUUUCCCCAGCAGCCGGCACAGACUGCCACUUGCUGAUUCUUGACUAUCCCAUACCUUCUGCAUGCGUUUACAAAAGUAAGUAAAGGGGAUUAUUUUUUUUUUUAAUAACUCAUUUCUCAGAUCCCUUAUCCUGAUUCAGUAGUUAAUUCAUCCUUUACACUUCUACCAAAAUUACUAUCCCUGACUUCUUGGGAUUCUCUUUUGGAUUUCUCUCCCAUUCAGGCUUUGUUGUAGUGACUAUCUAUGCUGGGACUUCAUUGGCCAGAGACUUCUAUAAUGUGAAAAGGUACCAGUUAUGGUACUCGUCUCAGGCAUGUGAAGACUACAUGCUUCAAUAUGUGCAGAUAGUGGCUAAUCUACUUGUCUGUUUCAGUGAGCCACAAAAGGUUCCUGCCUAUGUGGUAAUUUGGCAGAAAUCAUGUGUAAAAGGAGUUGUGUAUAUUCAUUCCCCUUGUGCAUUAAAGUUGUUCAUGCGUAUGCUAGGAUCUUGUACAACAGUUAAAUGAAUCGCUUCAGUAUUUUUGCUGAAGUGUGAAAUAAUGUGAAUGAAGAAAUUGCCAAAAUCAUUCCUGGUAGUAUAAAACAUACUGCUUGCAUACACCAUAUUGCUUGCCUUUAACUUUCAAUUACAAUAAUUAUUCUUAGCAGUGAGCUUAAAUUGAAUCGUACAAUACCAAAAAAAAAAAAAAAGUAAAGAAA